AUGGCGUGUUGCGGGACUCUCAAAUCACACACCCGGCCGAUUGACUCUCUGAACUCAUACCCGACCGUCUGUCCGACAGAGGUAGAGACGUACUCCAGCAGGAAGAGCGGCACCUUGCCCCAUCUGCUUGUGUCUGCCAAUUUGAUGGGCGCCCUCAAAGUCUGGCUCAUCCCCUCAAUUACCAGUGCGCAACUCUGGACGGCCUCUGCCAACAACGCCGUCCUCCAUUCUGCCCUCGACUUCCUGCCCUCGUCCACCCAGCGGAUCGUCAACAUCCUUCGCAUUGAGCAGCCUUACUUCGUCCGCUGCGUCCUCAACCUCCCCCUGUUCUUCGCCCAGACAGUCCACGCUGAGACGGCCGUUCCGAAAUGGUUGAUCACUGGCAGCACGGACAAAGAUAUCCGGAUCUACGACGCCAAAGCUAUCAAGCAUCAGGAACAGGCCAUCUCGUCCAGCCGUCCGCUGCACAAACCAGCGCCUUCGGCCACAUUGAAGACAGUCUCUAAUGGCUGGUUCGGCGCCCUCAAAGCUCAUUGGCACGAGGUCAACUGCUUGAGAAUCUGGAUUGACUCCCAGACACACAAGCCCUGGCUCGUCAGCUCGGGCUUAGACGGGACCCUGCGCAAAUGGGAACUGACAACUCUCCAGCGACGCUUCGCCCCUCACAUUGGCACCCACUCUAUCCCAAGUCAUGCCGAGCCUGCAUCUCACACAAAAAAAGAACCCCAGUUCAAGCUGACUGCCAAAGAGGAAGCCGAACUAGCUGAAAUCAUGGACGAGAUGAACUGA